GGAGAGUGUAGUGACGUCAGAGGAGGGGCGGAAGAGGCUUCAACGCGUCAUUCUAAUGCGCCGGAAUGUGGACAUGUGUGCUCCAUCCUGACCUUCCUGGAAGCACAGUGUGGAAUGAUGUUCAGGGGGAUUUUGUUAACGUGUUGGAGGGGGUCUGGCAUAAGGUUAUUCUCAUCCUCGUUUGCUGAGUCAGGGAUACCCCCGAACCUCAUUCUCCCUCCCGAUUUAAAAAAUGUUCCAACUAAAAUGCAGCGACCUCCUGUCGACCUGUCUCAGCCUGUCCUGCGAGAAUGCAAGAUCCCUGUCCCAUCUCAUAUAUCACCUAAGCCAGUCUGGUUGGAGACUCUGAAAGAUCCACAGGAUCAACAGCUGGGGCUGGUCCAUCUGCACCCAGACGUGUUUUCAGUCCCUCCCAGGAUUGAUAUUUUGCAUCAAGUAGUAACAUGGCAGAGAAACUUCAAAAGAAUUAGCUAUGCCAAGGCCAAGACGCGAGCAGAAGUCAGGGGAGGUGGGAGGAAGCCUUGGCAACAGAAGGGCAGUGGGCGAGCUCGACAUGGGAGCAUCAGGUCACCUCUUUGGAGAGGAGGUGGUGUGACUCAUGGACCACGUGGACCGACAAGCUAUUACUACAUGCUGCCUAUGAAGGUCCGGGUUCUGGGUUUGAAGAUGGCCCUGACCACAAAGCUUGCUCAGGACGAUCUCUACAUUAUUGACUCUCUUGAUGUUCCCUCUCCGGAUCCUGAAUACCUUACUGACCUGGUUAAACAGCGACAUUGGGGAGAGUCUGUGCUAAUCGUGGAUGUUAAUGAAAACAUGCCAGAAAAUAUUUUGAAUGCCACUGCCAAUUUAAAGAAAAUAAAUCUAAUUCCAGCUAUAGGUCUGAAUGUUUACAGCAUGUUGAAACACGACACUGUGCUGUUAACUGUCGGUGCUGUGGAUUUUCUGGAAGAGAAGCUACUCUGGCAAGAUUCCCGAUACUCUGCACUCUAUCCGUUCCGUCUACCUUACAGCGACUUCCCGUAAAGCGUGCAGGCUGCACACAUUUUGUGGUUAUAAUCCUGACUUCCAUCAUUUUUUCUUGAUUUAAUAUUAUUU